CGCAAACAUCAAGAUAUAUCUUGGAGCGCACGUUUGCAGCGUCCAUUGUUUCCCCAGCCUUCCAGUGUUUUGUCUUGCAACACAGUUCCCGCGAAUUGACUCCUCGCGUCGUUUCCGUUUGCGAUUGCGCUGCGUCCGUGCCCUCAGCCUUACGAAUGGUCCCUGCAUCCGCCUCCAGCACUCCUCAACCUUCACACACUUCCUUAUCUCGGUCUUCUACUACUUUCUCAAAGAGUCCGGUGGGUAUUGCCCAGGAGCGAGUACAACAGCUAUCGAAUCACUUUUCCCGCGCAAACACAAUGGCUUCGGUGCCCAAGGACGACGGACCCGUGAACCUCGAUGCGGACAUUCCGGACAUCCACCACCAGCUUCCACCCCUUCCAGCCACUCUCCCUAAACGGCAUGAGCGCUUCAUCCACUGUAUACCCCCCACCGGUUCAACAACGCGCAAAUACUCCGUCUUCCUCGCCGGCACCAUAGAAAUGGGCAAAGCGAUCCAGUGGCAGCGACAUAUGCUGCACUUUCUUCAGGACCUUCCAAUAGCGGUCUACAACCCUCGCCGCGGAAGCUGGAACAAGGCGUCCACGGACGAAGAGCUUACCCGCAAUUUCCACACCCAAGUAGUGUGGGAAAAGGUCAAUCUGGCGAGAGCGUCUGUCAUCUGCUUCUUCUUCGACCACCCCACGAAGAGCCCAGUCACCAUGAUGGAACUUGGCGAAUGGGCCGCCAGCAACAAGGUAGUAGUGUGCUGCAACAGCAAGUUCUGGAAGGCAAAAAAUGUGCAUAUUCAAUGCGCGUACCAUGGCAUUCCGUGUGUGGAGACCUUUGAGGAACUGGUCCCGCUGGUGAGGGCGAAGCUCAGGAGCAAGGGCCUCAUGCUGGAUAAGCAGGGCGACCGCACUGACGAUCCGGCGAAAGAGGACCCGACAAAGCUGCCAGACGUCUCCAUUCUGGAGCGCCGUUGUCCGGUGGAUAUCGAGCGCUUGAAGGCUAUUGAGCAGACGCUGGCGUUCCAGGAUCCCGAGUAUCCCGACGAAGAGCCUUACGUGGAGCAUUAAAGAUGUGCCCUCCUUAGGUCGAUUUCCGGCGAUUUGAACAUCAGCGAGGAGUUGGCGGCGGUGGGAUGGGUGGUCUUUUGUCUACUUUCCUGGAUCCUCGGCAUGGUUCUGUUUUCCUCAGUCGAUCUUCCUAGAUGUGCGUCGUGUUUUCCUUCCUCUCUUUCCUACAUCUCCGGCACUUUUUUCCCCUUGGUGCUGCUCCCCUGCGGUCCUGGCUUGUCUUUUCUUUUCGGCAGGUUUCUUUAUAAUUACAUACAUGUACGAUCAACGACGGUGUCAAUCUGUUUUCAUGGGAGUGCGGUGGACUGGGCUGGAGUUCUUGAUGUGUAGACGAGGCUGUAUAACCUCAGAUAGUGUCUUGUAGUUUCUAUUACAAUGGUUUCGAGAG